UUUUUUUUUCUUCCCAAAUCUUGUUACAAGGUAGGUGUUUCAGAUGCUUUUCUUUGUUAUUCAAAUACGUCUACAGAACAUCAAAAGGAAAAAAGCGCUGGUGAGGGAAGAGGAAAAACAGUAGCGCACUUCCGACUUUUUUUCCUCUGGCCUGCGAAGAAACCAGCUUGAUUUUUCUCCAGCUGAGAUCCUCAUUUGUGAGGUCGGCCUAUAAUUGAUCUCUAGGACGUGGGAUCAAAAUCGGGAAGGAGGAGAGAACGUUGUACAUUGCUGCUGCUUUUCUGAACCACGGAUUAUAAAAUCAGCCUUAUCAACUGGAUCCUUUCCUCGUUUUUUAAAAAAACUUUUUGAAGUGCUGGAGGCCCAGCAGAAAUGUUGAACCCCAGAGCCAAGCUGGGAAUUUUUGGAAUCAGAAGAUAUUUUUCCCCCCGUUCAUCUAACUUCUUUUAUAUAAAACUACAUUUCAGAAAAGCAUAACAAAAAAAUUAAAAAGGAAAAGAAAGGGGUAAGGAAAAAGUCAAACCGCCUGGAAUAAAUCUAAUAGAUUAAAAAAUCAACCCUGCGUCUGGUUUAAAAGGUUUUUUUGGGGUGUGUGAAAAGAGGCGUCUGGUUAGACAAGAAAGGAAAUCUCGCUAGACUGCCUCAUCCGGCUUUGAAUCUUUGGAAAUUUGGGGAAAGCAAAGCUUUGCAUCACUUGCCAAGCAUGAAAACUCAGACCGGGAGUUGUUUGCAGGCGGCUGGCGGUUGCUAUGGCAACCAGAACUGGGAUGCAAACAGUCGCUGCUGGAGUUGGAGCCUGCAGGAGACAAUGGAGGACGAUGAGAAGAGUAGCCUCUCAUGGAAUUAUUCAGAGAAGUCCUCAAAGGAACGCCUGGAAGUUCCAGAAACUCCUGAGGAGACCGAUCCCUUCAGCCAAGAGGACCAAGAAGCUGGCUUCCUAAGGGUGGAAAAUAGUAUUUCUUUGCCGAAAAUCGGUCCUCUGAUUGUGGUACCCUCAAGUGGACAAGAAAUCAGGACCCCGACGCCUGAAGAUGAGGCCAAAGAGCAGAUGCAGUCAAAAGAAACAUCCCCAUCUUCAGAGGUUCCUGUAGGAAACAAUCUCUUUGAAGCUGGCGGAGAGGAUGACAGGAGUCCUGGCACCAGGGAUGAUGAAAGAGGCCCAGUUAGCACUGAAAAACUCCCAGAGGCCAGAACAGAAGAAGGUAGUCCUGUGGAACAAGAAUCAGCUAAAAGCGUCUCCCCAGAACCAGUGUCCUCAAAAAGUAGGAGGUCCACCAGCAGGGCAGGUUCAACAACUCCUGCCUUGGAGAGUGAGAAGUCCAAGAUGUCCGUCAGAAGCCAAGAACCACCAAGCGAUAGUGAAAUGACCAGUCUAGAGACAGGCAUGGGGACUUCCCAAAAAGAGAGUGAGACGUCCAGGACCCAAACCACUGCCAGCAGUGCAACUAUGUUCCAGGAGGAAGAUUCGAUUGUCUUAUCCGCCUUCCCAGGGAUGCUGUUUGAAGAGAAGACUCAACCGCUCUCCAAUCACCCUCUUAGCUUGACUUGGGUCUUUGGCUACAACAGCCACCUGCCUGUUUUCAACCUUCUGGAUGAAGAUCAACGGGUGCUGUUGUACGUCUCUGCUCACACCGCCGUGAUCCAUGACAUCUUAAAGAAUAAACAGUACCUCCUGCAGGGACAUUCCAGCUGCAUCUCUUGCAUCUGUGUCAGCGAUGACCGGCGCUGGAUUGCCACAGCUGACCGAGGUCCUGACAGCAUGGUGAUCCUCUGGGACAGCUACUCUGCGAUACCUGUCCACACCAUCUUUGACAGUCACCCCGGAGGAGGAGUCAGCGCUAUCACCCUUUCCCACGACUCCAAGUUCCUGGCUACCGUUGGAGCCGAAGAAGUGCAGAAAGUUUCAAUUUGGAAGUGGACGACGCUGGACAACAAGCCGUUCUGCAGUGUGGAGAUCCCACCUCAAUUUGGAUUCCAGAAUUACAUUGAAUUCAGUCUCCAAACUGCGAAGGAGCUGGUGAGCAACAGCAAAAGCCAAGUCGUCUUCUACUUGUGGGAGGAUAACACUCUGCUCUACCACGCUCCUCUCUUGACAGACAAAACUUUCAACAAGGCGGUGGGAUUAUUCAGCCAAUCCCGUUUCCAUUUCCGCACUUCCCAAGCGUUGACUGCCACCUCCGAAGGGAAACUGGUAAUCUGGGACACCGUUUGCACGCCGUUGCAAACUUUGUGCGACCGACUGUACAACAUGAAAUCCAUCAAGCUGGUGCAUCUACAGAAAGAUGCCAUCACCAUCUUGGUCAUCAUGGACGAGUUGUUUGUAACCUGCGACAUCAGAGGCCACAUUAAAUUCUACGACGGGGACCUGCAGCUAACGCACUGGUACAGCCAGUUUAAACUGGGAUCCAUCCGGUCUUUCUCCUUCUCCAAGAAACCUGCCACUCCUGAAGACAUCACCAAGUACCCUGAAUCGUGCACCUUGUCUGGUAACCCCUUCAUUAUUAGGAAUUUCAUCGUGGCGACCUCGGAUGCCGUGGUAAUUCACGUCAAGACGGAGGGAACUCAAGUCACCAAGUGCCUGGAGGAACCCAAGGACGCUGUUCACACCGUCGCCUGCCACCCUUGCAAACCUCUGCUGGCCAAGGGCAGCUACUGUGGCCUUCUGAAAGUCUGGAGCUACCUCCUGAACAAAUACCUCGUCAGCCGAAUCUUUAAGGGCGAAAGCAUCAGCUGCCUCUCUUACAAUCAUGACGGUUCUUUGUUAGCUGCUGGAUUUCUGAAUGGAGGUCUUUAUAUCCUUGAUUCCAUAUCGUUGGUAAAUGACCAUCCAGAUCCUUUCCACUACUCAAAAGGACCCAUCACUAUCAUGAGCUUCUCCCAAAAUUCUGAAUAUCUUGCCACAGCCGAUGAAAGACUGUCGUUGAACCUUUAUAAAAAAGUUGUCGUGGAGGAAAAGAAAGUCUGGGACCGCCUGGCUGCCCUCCACUCCCACUACAAGCCGAUUCGCACCCUUCUUUUUGGGGUACACCUAGAUAGUAGUGAGCCACGGCUCUUAAGUCUUGGAGAAGACCGGCUCUUGGUGGAAUACGACUUGGCGAAAACCGUCAAAGACGAGCUGGUGGUAAUCCGAAGAGACCGGAUUGAGCAGAGCGCUGUCCCCACAUAUAUCGCUUGGUAUCCCCCAAUCACAACCGAGUACUUUUUCCUCACCGCCAAUGAUCACUACAAAAUGAAGCUUUAUAAUGUGACCACCAAGUUGUGCAGGAAGACUGCUUUGGGACCCACCUAUGGUUCUCCUCUUGAGAAGUUUGCCAUCCUUCCCUUGGGUGAGGACCAGGAUCCUCAGAAGCGCUACCUGGCCUACAUCACAAAAGACAAGGUUGGCCUGCAGAUCUUGCCCAUCGAUGGGAACCCUCACAAGUCCUCGGCUUUCAUUUGCCACCCUGCAGGGGUGGCCGAUCUCACCUGUUCCUACACCGGACGCUAUCUCUUCACGGCGGGGGGCAGCGACUCAACGGUGAUGAAGUGGGACGUGAAUCUUGACGCUCUGGAUGCCGCUGUUUUCCUGGGUGGCAAAGACCUGAUCCCAUUUUACAACCUGUUGGAAGGAGGCCGAGAUGGUGCGUUUUUCAAGGAACUGGAAGACUAUUUUUACUACGCCCAGCUGGUCCAUCAAGGCAUCGACACCAUGGAACCUAGGAAGGUGUCUACUCACAUUCCCUUGGACCAGGUCCCCUUCGUGAUCCGUGCGAUGGGGUUUUACCCCUCCGAGGAUCAGAUUGAAGACAUGCUGAACGAAGUCAAAUUCAGUGAGUUUCUGGAUACCGGGAAGCAAGUCACCCAUAUUAAUUUAGGGGACUUCAUCAAACUCUAUGUGAACCAUCGGCCUGCCUUUGGGCUGGCCUCGAAGGAAAUUCAGCAAGCCUUCGAAAUGUUGGGUUACAAGAAUGAGGACCAUGAAGCUACCAUCAACCGAGAUGACCUGCUGUUGUUGCUGCAACACAAAGGAGAGCAUUUCACCGAAGAAGAGUUGGCCGAGUAUCUCACCACGCUUCUGGGCUUCAACCCCGAGGGCGGCCGCGUGGAGUGCGGCAGCUAUGAUCCCACAGGCUCAGAGGAUAUAAUUCAGGAAGAAAUCCCUGAGGAGGUGACAGCAGCUUACUUCACCAAGGAAAUCCUGGCCUUACCAUUGCCAGAACCGACGGAUGUGGUGACAGAGACGCAAACCUCCGAUGAGGCCACGAAUGGCAGUUUAUUGUCGCUGAAGACUCCGUGAUUGACAUUCUCAGCCUUUUUCGCCUUGGAUUGUCUUCUGUCCUCAGAUUUACGACUUAUUAUUUUUUUGAAAAACAAACGUUUCGUUUCAAUGGGAUGGAAAAUAAAGUUGUUGGUUUUUUGUUUUUUGUAGAAAAAAAAAA